AUGCAAAGCAAACUUAGCUGCCGGGAAGGGGGCGUGGAACCUGACAAUAACAACAACACCGCCGCCGCUACUCAAGUAGCUGCCAACCCCACUCAUGCUCCUGCCCCUACUUUCAACCACCCUCCUUAUGCUGAGAUGAUACACAUAGCUAUUGCAGCAUUGAACGAGAGAGACAGGUCAAGCAGGAGAGCUAUAGCUAAGUACAUCGAGCACGUCUACUCGAGUCUCCCACCAACUCACUCGGCCUUGUUGACUCGCCAUCUCAAACGACUCAAGAACUCUGGUCAUCUUGAGAUGGUCAAGAAGUCCUACAAGAUCCCAGGUCCUCCCAGAUCUGACCCUCCACCUCCUCCUGCAACUGACUCUCCUGCUCCUACCUCUGUUGCCUCUCCCGGUCAGCCCCGUGGCUGGCAUUGCGACUCCGACACCGAUAGCCGGGAAACUGUUGACAUGGGUCUCUCACAGUGCAUGUCCACAACUGGCGAAGAAGAAGAAAAGAAGGGAAAGCUGUAG